ACGCAGUGGGUGUCGAUGACGAAGGAGCGUAACCCCUUGGACCCCCACUGUGAUGCUGCUGCGACCGAAGGCCAGGCCAGUCUUACCCCCACCACACUCUUCAAUCUCCACAUUGAAUUUGAUGAGACUCUUCCCACAACCCUUACACACUGAUGUACAUUCCACGCAUGCCCACCCAGUCCGGGUCUCAGCCUGGCACUCUGGGUGGCUGCGGGCAAAAGGCACGCCCCUCUCAACAAAAGCAGCAGUGUCUGUGCCUGUGCGUGACAACUGUGGGAUGAUGAGCAGCAGCGCACAUCCAGUGUGCCCUCCAGGAGACAGGGUCACGACGUUUUAACAGAGAAAGAGUUCAUGAGCACUGCAACCGGUGAGGCUCUAUCAUGUCCACAUAUUGCUGCGUCCUGUCACAGAGAGCCAAAUGGACUCGACUCAUCUUGUCUGUUUUAUGUGUGCUGUUUUGUAAUAGGGUUGUUUUUUUAAAUUAGGAAUGGUUGAAUUUGACUAAAAACUUACAUGCAAGGUUAUUUGAUUUGAUUAAGAAUAAGUCACAGAUAUAUAAAAAAAAAUAAGGGGGAGAAAUGCAAUUUCAAGCAUGUGCAGUGUUGUUGCGUGUUUAAAUAAUUAGGACACCGUCUGAAACUAUAGUACAAAAUAUAAUGGCAUUAUCCUCGGCACACAUAUUGACGACUUGCUAAAUAACAUUUUACAAACAAUACAGACACAGAGCAGUUUUGAUCAAGUGGUACAAUUAGAGUCUUUGUGCUUUGGCUUUCUGUAUUUGUUCUUUUUAUGCUGUUUUGCAGCCCUCCUAUCAGCUUCCAGCUCAGACUCCAGUGUCUGCACUCAAUAGCCCUCUGUAUGUUGACACAGAAGAGGGACUAUACAGCGUCUCUCCUCCCUUUUCCCUCUCUCACUACAUCUCCCACCCCCUCUUUCUUUUCUUUUCUUUUUUUUGCCCUCACUGACAAGUGCACAUCCCCUGACACUGAGCCUGACGUCACAGAUGGCUAAAUGAGCUUCCCUGUAGUGCUUCAUUCAGUGAGAUUGGUUUUGGAGUUGAAAGUUAAAGUAGGGGGCGGGUACCAGGUAGCUUGAGGCAUCAGGUGUGCGUGUGGAGAGGGAGAAGGGGGGAAACAGAAGAAGAGGAGCAGCAAUCAGAUGAAUGAGCUCCAUGGCCACUGGACAUGUUAUGAGAGGAGAGCAGGACUUUGCUGGGAUUAGAACAGUAUGUGUAUGCUGAGCUUAGACAUAAGGAGACCUGAACGAGGGACAUCCAGUCAUUUCAGUCAUCCAGAAGUGCACGGAAAAGAAGGCGGACCAGAAAUGCUCCUAGUAGUUUUCCUUUGGAUUCACGCAUGAGGGUAAUCCUUGACACUGCUGGACCAUGACUGGCAAAGUGAGGCAGUGGAGGUCCAUGUGCAAAGGCCUGGUCCUGGGAACCCUCUUGACCAGCUGUAUGAUCCUGCUUUACUGCCUCUCCACUCCACAGAUCCACUUCAGUCUGCCUGAGCUUCCGGUGCCUUACUCCUGUGCCCACCGUCCAUCCCAGCUCCACCAUAAACUAACCACAAACAGCUCACACCAAACCCAUGGCCAACCUUGUGCUCCCAAAGUGGACGUCAUGUUCCUGAAGACCCACAAAACAGCCAGCAGCACCUUCCUCAACAUCCUUUUCCGCUUUGGGGAAAAACACCAGCUGAAAUUUGCCUUCCCUGACAGCAGGAAUGACUUCUUCUACCCAUCUCCUUUUGAGCGCUCCCAGGUAAAAGAGUACAAACCAGGGAUGUGCUUCAACAUUAUCUGUAAUCACAUGCGAUUCAAUGCACCUGAAGUGGCUAAGCUGCUCCCCAUGGACACGUCCUACAUCACUAUCCUGCGAGACCCCGCAGAGCUGUUUGAGUCGUCCUUCCACUACUUUGGCCGCCUGGUGCCGUUUACCUGGAGGAUACCAGGUGAUGACAAGCUGGCUGAGUUCCUGCGUGACCCCCUUCACUACUUUGAUCCAGAGGGCUUCAACUCUUUCUACCUCAAGAAUCUGCUGUUCUUUGACUUUGGCCUGGACAACAACCUGGAGCCAAAUAGUCCUCGAGUAGAAGAAGGAAUCAAAUUCAUCACCGACCGCUUUCAGCUCGUCAUGCUGGUAGAAUACUUUGAAGAGUCACUCAUUCUGCUCAAGGAUACCCUCUGCUGGGAGAUGGAUGAUUUGCUCUUCUUUAAGCUCAACGCUCGCAAGGGAUCCACAGUGUCUGAACUUACUCCUGAGCUGAGGGAAAGGGCCCUUGAGUGGAAUGCUAUUGACUGGAAGCUCUACCAGCAUUUCAACCAGACCUUCUGGAAGAGAGUAGAUGCAUACGGACGGCGGCGGAUGGCUGAGGAGGUGGCAGAACUCAGGAGAAGGAACACGGAGAUGGCAUCCGUCUGCAUCGAGGGGGGUCAUGCCGUGGACGCUGGCAGCAUCCAGGAGACGGCCAUGCAGCCGUGGCAACCCAUUGGAGAGAAGUCGAUCAUGGGUUAUAACCUGAAGAAGAAUGUGGACAAGGCACAUCAGAAGUUGUGCCGUAAGAUGUUGAUGCCAGAGAUUCAAUAUUUAACAGAGCUUGGGGUGAACCUGUGGAUCACCAAGCUGUGGGGCUAUGUUCGAAAUAUCAUCAACUGGUAAGAAAGAGUGACCAAUUCAGCUCCAAAAGAUUGUAUUCAAAGAAAGGAAGUCCGAAGGUGUGGCUGAUACGAGCCACUUUUUCUGCCUUGUUUUAUUGUAAGUGACGUUGUAUGGUAUUUGAUCGCUUGAGAAAACAAACACUGUUGAGCACACAAUCGAUGAAUACAGAAACAUUUUUGUGACAUGUCUGUGUGUUGACUCAAAUGUGAAACAUUAAAAUGUUGUUACUCUCAGUUGUGUGCCUGUUGUAAUGGUUAAAUGAAUCAGGAUUGAAGACCCAUUUGUUGCCAUUUGAGUUUUUGAGUUUGUCUCAAAACGAGGAUUAAAAGGCCUGUACAUACACCGCAAGAACAGAGAAUGUGUUCUUUUUCUCGACGUGGCAAGAACAAGAACAAAGGUUGUUCUGGAAAUUUCAUACUGCAAAAGAAACUCAAUUUCAAUCACACAAUAGUUCUGCCCAGACGGUGCGUCAAGAAUGAGCUUCAAGAACUCCCAAACCCUGAGAGAGAGAACAAAUUUCUCAGUUCUCGAAGAGUAUGUACACUACUACUAAAACACACAUGAGGAACUAGUGAAUGUAAAGUAUACCGUCCCAGUUAUGGAAGAAAAAUAUCAGCCAUCAUUUAAAAAAGCAGACAAGCAAACAAAUCAUAUGAGUACGUAACAGGGAAGGUAGGGAUUAGUUAAGGGGUUAACUAAUCAGCAUCAACUCUGUUCUAAGGUCCCAGAACAACAUCAUUUAAAUCAAAUGUAAUGAAUAAAACCUCUGCUUCCCAAUGUAAAUGUCUGAUGAAUAAAAUAAAAAAUAAAAAAUAAAAAUAUAUCAAUGAACUAAAUCCUAAGAGCAUUACUAUAUGUUAUCACUAAGAUUUUUCUUUUAAGUUUCUUGUCAGUUUAGUUUUUUCUUUUAGUUUUCUGCUAUAUUAAAUCAUAUUAUUGUUUUUUUAAGCCAAAUCUUUUUCUCUCCUGACAGCAGAGCAUUCUCAGUACGCAAUGAUAAUAUGAUAUAUCUGUGGUCAACCUAGACAUGUAAAUCAUCAUAUCUAGACAAUGCCUGACAGUGUUUAACCUCACGCACAUGUUUGCACAGCCUUGUAAUCAUUGUCUGUGGAUAUGACUAGUUCAAACUGAGCAAUAAACAGAUCUUUAAUAGAUGUUCUAUUCAGAAUUAUUGAUUCUAUAAUUUAUCGAUUUUGAACUCCAUACAAUGGCAAUGAAAGUAUAUGAUAAUCUUUGAUUCCUAAAAAUAAAAAGGAAAAAAAUAGAUGUAAUCUGUAUUUAUUAAAUUUGACUGGCACCACCA